GUAGGGGAGUGUAUGGGCACGUUCGAGCACUGGCUUCGCCUUUUUGUCCCGCUUUCACUUUCACGGUGCGGACGCGAACUCGGCGAACAAAUUGCAUUUCUUUUCAACAGACAUUCGCUCGCUUGACUGCUCGUCAAUAGAUGGCACUGCUCCCCAAGGUCGUGACGUCACAGCGCCAUAUAUGGAAUGGGGUUAAUAAAGCUGGAUGUAAAUGACAACAAGAGAUCGCGGAGAGAGAGAGAGCUGAGAGCAGUGUUUUGAGGCCUGUGAGAUCUGUGACCCGCUUAUAGCCGCUCGUGUGUGGUGUUGUGUGUGUCGUGCGCGCCCGUGCACAUGCAGGGCCAGCGCGCACAGUUGAAUUAUCACUUCUCGUGUGACUAAUAUCUCCAAAACACAACCAGACUAACCCCCUCGCUCUCUUCCCCGCCUUCAUCGCACGUGGAGUAUUUGCGAAGGAACUGCGAGCGGGGAGACUUGUUUUUCCUUGCUUUCCAGAUACGCUGAACUUUUAGUGCGGGUGGUGUAGUGUGGUGUCGGUGGUGUUGGCUCCAAAACCUUCAUUGUACUUGGCUGUAGCAAGGGUCGAUUAGUCAACAAAAACAGACUAUGUCGGACAGCUUCUCGCAUGAAACGUUUAUCAUCCUGAGUUGUGUCCUGUUGGGUCUGUCAGUAUGUUAAGACACUCGCUACUUGUGCUUUUUCUGUGGAUUUUAUGUCCUGGAAACAACAGAGCCGAAGAACAGGCACAAAGGACCUGUGAAAUUUCACAAAGCAACAAUCCACAUUAUGUAGUGGCAUACAUCAGAGACUAUCGGCCUGGCCGGGGCUGCUACUCCAACAGCUCAUCUCGCUCCCACCAGCAUGUUCAUGUUAUCAGCCUCAAACUCAGAGAUCAUGGCAGUGGGAAGUCAAGACGUAAUGUGGUUCUGAAGAUUGAGCCCAAGAACUUCCAAGACUUGCAAGACUCAAUCUCCUCCACCAAAGACAUUAAGGACCUGCAGCUUCAUGAGCGGCAGGUGGCGUUCAUCCUCAACUCCCAGCACCCAGUCAACUGGCAAAUAGAAACGUCCAUGAAAUUCCAGCCGCAUACCAGACAGCAUUUCUUUAUUCCGCGCCACUCGACAGUAAGGUUCAAGAAGCGGCGAACGCGCGUGCUGAUGCGGAAACGUCACAAGGCCAUGCCCAGUCCGUCGGACGAACACAACUUCCUGAAGUGGGUGCGCACGCACUUCGGCGCCGUGACGUCCUACAGUGAGGUGGAUGGCGACCGGCUGCUGUUCUUCGUGGGGCAAGCAGAAGGAACAAGCUCUGAGUGCCUAUUAAACGCCAUGAUGCCCAGUCCUUUUGCCUUCAUUGCGGAUAUGGAAAGACAGAAGAACGUAAAAGGAUGCGUGCCAUCUGGGAUGCAUAGUGUUCUCGAGAGGCCUGUGUACAUUAUUGAACUGGAGGACAUUCCUCAGAAUGUAGUGAUGUCUCCUGACCGACAAGUAGAGUUGGAUAUCAUGCCAGCAGAUGGCAAGAAGGUGGAACAUGACUUUUACCUUGUGCUGCGAUCCCCACACAAUGUUAAGUGGAUACUGCGUAGCCAUCGUGUCCAGGGAUGGAUUGAUGUAGUGACGGAUGCUGAUGUUGAUCUGCGAGGGAUUCGCAUGCAUACCGUUGCUCUGCGCCGAGAGGAAAUGGUGGCUUCGGGUGUAGACCUCAUUCGUUGGGUGGACUACUACAUUGCUUAUGUACAAGCUUACACGCUUGUCAGCAGUGCCAAUGUGGUGCAUCUUCUUCUGCCUUCAGAUUCCUCAAAAACCAACACAAACCAUUUGCAAAGUGGCCAGAACCAUGGAGGGCUACCCACGAAGGAGGGAAAUUCACCGAAUCGUCACUCCACAGACAUGAGGGAAGAGCUCAAGAACAUCAUCAAGACCCGCUGCGACAACAAUGUCAUGGAGGUCACUUUGCCGACCCUCCUGACUCAGGCAAGGGAACUAGACUUGUCGGUGGAACAGUUGUCAUUGCUGGACGGCAGUUGCCGAGCUACCAAGAACCGGACAGAUGUCAUCCUUCGCACAGAUCUGGACAAAUGCAGGACCAGCAAGAUUACAGUGGAUGACAUCGAUGUGUAUUCAAAUGCUAUUGUUAUUCACGCAUCAGGUGUUGUUGGUGCCCUGCUUGAAGAGGAGCUGGGAAGUGGGUACUUUGAUUUGCAGGCCACAUCUGGCUCAGGCUGGUCAGAUGCUAACGGCGAAGGCUCAGUCACAACAUACAUCGAUGAUGAGGACUUCACGGCUCACAAGGUGGAGAUAGACGUCCAGUGUAGAGUGCCACGAGCUUCAGUUACCGCUGGGGCAGAGGAGCAGAGUACCAGAUCUUCAGGCCAGACUAGUGGCUGUGGAAUCAGCGUGUACACAGACCCCUUCCUAGUGCAGAAAGUCUCAUCUUUUCCUCUGACAGUCAGUUCUUUUAAGGGUGUCUACAUAAUCAGCAGUGCUCCAGCUGAUUGGCAGUUGCAUGUGCUGCUGGACAGUUGCUGGGUGUCUAGAUGGUCGAACCCCUUCAGGUCAGACCCAGAUCAGAUAGACCUUGUCCACAAUGGCUGUUUGCGCUCACCCAAUUUGGACUGGUUUAAACCAGAUAAAUACUUUAAGCAAGUCCAGUACAGUCCAUCUGGACUGGUGAUUAACAGGAUUUUGAGUCAUGGCUCCUACCUCCACUGUCAGCUGUCUACUUGUCAUGAAGAGACUGGAUCUGCUGAGCAAAAGUGUCCUCCUGAGCCAGCUGAUAGAUGUAACUCCGGGGUACUGCCUAAUGUUUUCCCACGGCUGGACACUAAGACCUGUGGUGUCUACACUGUAGGGCCUUUGGAGAUCACUGCCAGUGAUAUACAGCUCAUGCCAGAUUCAGACCAGACCUCAAAACCUUUCAGCAUCACUAGCAGCAGAAGCAGCACAGCAGGAAGGGGUCCGGAAGGUCAGGGUCAAUCAAGUCAUCAAUCACAGCAGAGUGUUGUCAUUGAAGGCCUGGACUCCGGAACUGUUGUUGGCAUUGCAUUUGCAGCUUUUGCCAUUGGAAUCUUACUCACUGGGGCUCUGUGGUUCAUACACACACAUACCAGUCCCACAAAAAGGGGGAUGUCUAGCAUGGGAGCAGUCAGCGGAGAUGUCACUCCCAACUCGUCAUCACCUAUUUCAGCCUGAAACAGAAAAGCUGUACCUCCAAAUUUGACCUCAACCUCAAUCUGUAAAAAAAUUAAAAGGAAAAAACUCAGGGAAUGUGAAAGGAAAAAAAACCCCAAAACCAUUUGCUGCAAAUUUGCCCAGUCUGUAGCCAACUGUAAAAAAAAGCCCAGGAAGUCAUUUUUUUUCGAAAGUCCACAACAUUUGAGAACAAGCAGGACUGCUUGCUGUGGACAUGCCCUAUCAUCAAAAGCAAGAUCCUGCAGUUUUCAGUUAUCACUCUCAUGCAGAUGAAAAUCAGCGCAAGAUUAACUUUGUGAUUGCAUGACCUUAUUGAGAGUUAUCUUUUUUCAAGGUGGCUAAGCAGGAAACACCAUCCAGUGUCUGUGUGAUUGCUUCAAGGUUGUUGAUGUGGAGACAGCAGCUGAUGAAGUUUGAUGAAGGAGGCAUCCAUUUAACUUUAUCCUAAAAAUUUAAGAGGGUGACAAUGAAAGACAAACCCUGCACAAAAUACACCUUUAAAAAAAAGACAUCCUGGUAGAUAUUUAUCAUGAUGGGCAGUGUACAUAUUGCAGGACUCAGUGGCCAGAAGUCACAAGGGACUAUUGACGGUUAGCUUAUGACUUCAGCUUCUGCCUUUGUGCUAAUGCAAUUCAGUUGUGUUCAGAGUACGGGUACACUUUACUGUCAAAAAAUAAUUUUUAUUCUUUCAGCUUGUAUCCUUUUCGGUAUCUGCUCAAUUAAAAAUGAGCACUUUUGGUGUGAAGGGGGAGGGAACAAAGCCUCACCACAGAUUACUGCUUUUCUACAAAAAAGGAUGCCUCCACUGUGCAUUACAGACCUCAGAGACCGUUCUGGUGGAACACAUGAAGUUCACCAAAGUGGUUCAUGAUUUUUAUCUUCCAUUGAACUGUGACAGGAGCUGUUGUGAGGUAUCAUUAGCAUUUCAGGGAUUUUUUUUUUUUUUUGUUUGGAAUCCUACAGGGAAAUAUUUUGCUUUGUGAGAAUGUGCUUAAGUUAUUACAUUCAUUUGCAGGAUGAAAUCUUGAAAUCGUAGUAGGUGAGAACAUUAGAGUGACAGACCUUUAGAGCACUUUUGAGGUUUGCUAUUAUUCUGCAUUUACCACUGGAGGAUAACUCCAAGAUAAGCAAACUCUUCUGUGCACUUGAGCAGAUAAUGCAGGCAAAGAAAAAAAGAAAAAGAAACCUCUCCUAGUUUGAAAAAACAGACUGUGUGCCAGUAUAUCAGUCCUUAAUGCAGCAGUAUGCGCAUAAAGUCAAGUCACUUCUGGAUCUGAACUAUGGUGUGGGUACAGUUACAAGCCAUGGAAAUAGCUAGUAGAGUGCACAAGGUUUUCCCAGUAUUCAGGUCUGUGACAGCAAGUUUUGUCUGUGAUGUGAAAAGAAAAUGUUCUCAUUGCUGUUACAGUCUUGCGCAUGGUCAAACCUUGUUAGCAUCAUGCCUGGCCUUCCAUUCACAACCUGUGUAUGAGAAAAAAAGGAAGGAAACUCACUAAAACAAAAUGUGAACAAUAUACCAGAGGCCAAUGGUUUUUGCAAGAUCAAUGAUAUUAUAUUUCUUGAUCCAGUUUUAAGGUUGCUGAUUUUGUCAUUUUAUAUAAAGAAAAGUAUGCUGUAAUUCAUCAUUUUUUUCCAUAAACUAUGUUAAAGAUCAUCAUGUUUAUACACACUGUGUACUCAAGUAAUAAUCUGCUUUUUUUUUUUAAGACACGUGCAUUUGCAGCACUAGCAGUGGUUGGUCAGAAAGGCCCCUAACGCUAUGGACUUCUGUGCAGCUUAAUAAUGGGCCUUAACUCAGAUAAUCACACAAACCAGGAAGCAAAGAAAGAGAAUAAUUUAGAGGAAGGUACAUGCCUUUAAUUCCUUGUACAUUGUUGAUGAUAGUGUUUGAUAGACAAGACCACAGUGAUCAACCUCUUCACCUCCUGACCACUGGAAAUUAUGGCGUAGUGAAGUAGUCCUUCAAAAACGAUAGUUUGGAGGAUUUUGAAUAAAAAAAACUUUGGAAAUUGGAAACAGCAUCAAAUUCAGAAAAAGUGAACACUACAGGAGCAUGUAAAAAGAUGUCAGUAAAUUUGAGAAUCGAUCUUGUUAUGACUGCCACUACAGCUGUAGCUGUUAAGUAAUCUUAAGAAAAUUGUCUAGACAAAUUCUUAUUUCCAGAUAUUCUAAUGAAGUAAACAUCUUGGAGUGGCAUCAAAACUGCUGUAGGGUUUAAAUUGUUUAGCAACUCUUGCCAGAUGUGUUGGUAAUCUGUGACCCACCACCACAGAAUGAGAGAUUUUGCACAUUUUGUAUUUUUAAAAUGUACAGGUUUGGGGAUUUCAUUUGAUGCUAAAGUUGUUCUCCUAGUCCUAAAAUUCAGUUUGAAGGUUUGAGGUGUGCAAGACCGAUGGCACAAAGUUGACCCUAAUCACCUUUCUAGGCCUCUUUUACGAAACUGCUCUGUACGACUUAAGAGUCAUGUCAUGGUGGUGGAUCACGUAUGAUCAGCCAAGGGAACACAAUUUGGAGAAUCACAUUUGCAGAAACAUUUCUUCCUCAGAAGGUGGUAAUUUAUUACUUGUGACUAACAGCUCUCCUGUCACAAAUGUUGCAGAAAAGGUCAUUUCAAACUACUCUCUUCCACAGAACAGUAGUUUAAUCUACUAAAAUGAUAGUUAUGUCUACUUUUUAAAUUGUUUUCUUCUUGUAAGUGUAUUUUUAUUACGUAACUUUCAGCAGUCAUUACCACCACAGCAUUUCGUGUUUUUAUACAUCUAUUACAAAUCAAUACAAGAAAUCAGCUCAAAAUAGUGACAGUAUUUUCUCACCCUUUUUGUUACAUAAUAAAUGAAUAAAGACAUAAAACAAAAGAUUAACAUGAAAUUAAUAUCGAUUCAAGUGGAAGGGUUGACCUUUUAAUUUGCUAUGUACUUAACACUGAUCAGACAAGGAAAUAUUGAUUUUUAUUUAACCAGCAGUCAUGUUAGCGGGAUACCCUACUUGUAUUUUGAUAUUGUAUGCUAUUUAAGAGAAAUACUGAGCCAGUUUGUUGUGUGUAAUGUCUUUCACAAAAAUAAGGCCUACUUCACUAAAUGCUUUUAAAGCAGAUAACUUCUUGCUGAUCUGAUUUUAACCGUUAAAGUUGCUAAAAAUUUUGUGCUCAGGGGUAGUUGUAAGCUCCUUGUAAGAACCUCAUCAAAGAAUUUAUGCUUAAGGACAGAGCAUUUUGUAAGAUCUUGGAAAAUCUUUGUAAUUUUACUUCCACGGAUGCUUUCAUGACUGUGAUUCAUUUUAUAUAUUAAAUUUAACAUGGAAGUAUUUUAGACAGUUUUAGAGUUUACCAUUUAUUGUUAUGUAAUGAGUACAUGUACUUAAUUAAAAGAAAAAAUAUUGCCAAAAAGAACUAAAGAAAAGGCUAUUGCCAGAAAAUAAUUCACCUGUGAGUUAUCUGUCUUUUACUUGCAUGGUUUCUUAUAUGUGUGGAGGGGGGAUUAUUCAACAUAUGUUCAGUUUUAUAAUAAUGAUAUUUUGAAAGGCACAAUAUGCUGCAUUAGCUCUUGUGUUGCAUUAUUACACUACUGAUCACUUAUAGAAACAAAGAAAGACGGACGUUAGUAUCGGUGAUGUUUUGAUAGACACCAUCAUUGAAAAUUUAGGGAUGUAACAGAUUGAAAUAAAAAAUUGCAGAUAAAUUUCUAUGCAUACUUCAAGAAGAUUGAUAAGUGACAACAUAAAAAGAAAGUUGAUUUCAAUAAGUGUUUAUUAGUAUUUUGCAGCUGUUUUGGAAGACACUGUUCUGUAAUGCAGUUAAUGAAUGUUAAUGAAAAUUAACAUCCUAUAAGAAUUUGAGAGAUUCAACCAUUUUAAAGUACUCGACUUUAGUAAAGCUCACAGACUUGGAUAUUUUCGUAUAUAGGUGCCAAUCUGUGUCUAAAGUCAUACCACCAUCACCAUCCCCCACCUCCCUGAGUUCCUUGCAUGAAGAAAAUUUGGAGAAAACGUUAAUUUAAAAUGUGGGUUGUAUUUUUUUUUAUUAUUGUUGAAGUAGUUAUCUUAAAGAUAGCUAUAGCAAAAAAGUUAUAUCUGAGACUAAUUGUUGAUAACAGGAAGAGCUUGGUAUUCACAAGAAUAGAAGAGAGGUUAUAAUGUAACAGUGUAAUGAGAAGUAUGAUACAGCAGCAAGUGGCAGGAAGGACGGUUACAGAGUUGGUAGGAAGCUGUUUUUGGUUGAAGUGAUGUUCACCUGAAAGUUUUGUUACAUUUUGUUAAAUGAGGGAGUCACAUUGCAGCAGGCUGUGUAUUCUCAGCUGUACCUACCUCUCUUCAGACAUUUUUUAAAAUUUUCUUAGCUGAAGCAAGAUGAUUCUAGCAGCUAAAAACACGCUUCUCACAAAGAGGCAGCAUAAGAAAAAUCAUUUUGCCUUCAUCACGAGACUCAGAUAACAUGUAAUUUUGUUAUAACUCAGGACAAACAAAAGUUUGCUUGAUAUGGAUUUUUUCCUCCUUAAAAUUAGGUUCUGUUAAUAGAUCUGAAGAGACACAACUAAAUGUGUUAUUCUUUUCACCUGGAGAUGUUCACCUUUUUCUUCUAGAAUAAAACAGCUGAUGAGGAUGACGUUUCAGACAUGGCUAAUUUAACACAGGCAGCUGCUUGAUGUCUUGGACAGGAGAGCUUGAAUAGUGGCGAGAUAACUGCCAUUAUCUCUCUACCUCGGGGUUAGAUGUUGUUAGGGCAGAAAAGCCAGAGUUAUGAUGUCAUUUACCUUCUGUAUGCACAUGCAUGCUGUAACUCCCAGACAUCUGUAAAUACACACACAUAUAAAUGUCCUGUACAAUAAGAGUUGGUCAUUGAAUUUCAUUGGAUGUGAGAUUCACUGUAGUAUUUUUGUCUGUUUUAAUAACAAUGUGAACUUUGUGUGGUGGUGACAAAGCAUUAUGAUGUUGGCAUAGUCCUAUGUUUCAUCUAUGGUCUUCAAUCCCGUUACCUUGUAUUACAACAUUGCAGCGUAUAUAUAUAUAUCUGUUUGUCUUUAUCUUUUCCCAGGCUCCGGUUGCAUUCUUUCACCUCAUUGGUUUUUGUUUGUUUGAUUCUUUUUUUAAAAUACAAGGAGAGCAGGGAUAUAUUUGCUAUUAGUGGAUAAGAGGCAGAGCGUGGUAUUUGCAUCUUUUGUUGUUCGUGUUGUAAUGUUGGCAGAACAUAAGAUUGUUUUGAUCUUUUACCUUUAUAGCAUUAACCACUGUGGAAAUUUUAUUUCCUCCAAAAGCAUCGAUUGUUGUGUUGCCUUAUUGUUGAGCCAGUACUUUCGGCCUUUUUGUUUGUUUGUUAAAUUAAGCAUACAGGGUUGUCUUUUAAUUGCUUUGAACACCUCGAAAUUACUGGUAUAAGUAAAGACACAUUUUACCUCAUUAAAGUGCUUGCUUUUAAAAAUAUUUAAUUCAUUGUUUCCAAAAAUGCUGUUUGUUAACAACUGCUUCAGAAAUAUGUCUCUUAUGUAUGGUGGUCCGUGGGUCUUGAGCAGGUUUUAGCUAAAGCAGUUCACAUAGUUGGAAAAGUUCCUAGUCCAGAUCUGUGCUGAAAUUCAGUGUAGGGCCAUUAAGCUGCGCUCCAGUAAUCCGUGAAUUUGUUUAAGCCAUGCAAAAUGCUUGGAUCUCAAUUUUUUGACACUAUAGAUGGUAUGAACCUGGACAUGGCCUCUCAAACACUUGAGACAGGUGUUGACAGCUGUCAUUUUGGCAUUUCAAAUGUCCGCGAUUGACAUGCUUUGCACGAUCACGGAUUAAAUAUUUAAAUGCUGGCUCAUAACUUCAAACAGGUAUUUGUAGAAGAUUAGUCUUUUAUUUAUCAAUAAGCAAUAAAAUAACUUGCAAUGAAAUUCACGCUGAAUGUCAGAGUUAUGGAGGCCACCAUUGUAACCGGUUCACACUUUACAAUGCUACAAAGUUAAGAGAAAGGAUUGUGAUCAAAAACCAUUUUUUCAUUAUUUAUUGUAAUUUAUUUAUUAUCAAAAAAUAGUUAUGCCAUGGACCACUAAGCUGCGGUUAGGCAGUUUGGAUCCCAGUCACCAUGGCUUAAUGGCCCUACACUGUACUGUGGCAAAAAGUUAUCUUUAUAUACUUCAUAUUAGUACUUAAGUGUUAUUUGUAUUGUCGCUGUUUUACAGGUUUAUUUAAAGAUUAAAAAAUAAUUUAAGUUACCUGUCUUAACAUUAUUUCAAAUGUUGUAAAUCUUUUCUCAGGUUUAGGUUAGCUCCAGCUUGCUUUUGUAAAAGCUAAUCAUUGUAACAGCUGUAACCGCUAUUCAUUAUAUUGUCUUUUUUUAACUAUCUUGGAUCUGAAGCAAAGAUUGUUUUUACCUUACGUUGACAUAUUCCCAGAAAGGAAGUUUAUGAUGUUUGGGCACCACUUUCCAGAGAACUGCAUACAGCUCACCACCUGUAGGGCUGAUAGUAGACCUUAACCUUUAUUCAGAGUGUUUAGUGAUGGAUCCUUGUUAGUGUGGAAAGCCUGACAAUCUAAAUUGAUUAUGCUUGAUUUACUUCUCAAGCACUACUGCUAUAAAUUCUUGGACAUUGUAACUAGCUCAAUUGUUGUUAACUUUUUGACAGAGUCAUGAAUGGCGAGAGCUUUGUCUGCUCUGGCUCUGUUAUUUUUAAUAUUCUUUCACCUGGAGUUUUGUAUUUAUAUGCUUAGCUGGUCUUUUAGCAGGUUUUUUAAUUAUUAAACAUUUUGAAGAAUGUUUAGUUUGCUAGGAUAUGGCUUUUCUUUUGGGUGUUCUAUGGAAGUUUCCACAAUAUCUGUGGUGGCUAAAUAAACUAAGGAUGAGGCUUGCUUUGUUUACUAUAAAAUAAGAUAUAACUAGUGCACUUUAUGGAUAAGUUGGAUAUGCCUGCAUUUUGAAAUCAGCAAUCUCAUAAUCUCACAAAAGAUCUGGCAUUGUCUAGAGACAGUAAGCACUAUUUAUUCUAUGACACUAGAAAGUUGAAGAGAGAGAAAGAUUUUAAAUUUUUUAGGCAUUCAAUCAACUUGUUGAUAAUGGUCAUCUCUCAGUUCUUGGCCUUCGCUUUGUAAUUAUUUGACCAGACAAAGUCAACAUUUCAAUUUAUUUUUGCUUCCAUUUAAAUUGUAAAGAUGUUGUCUUUCUCAGGCUCAGCCAUAGAAUCAAAUGCAAAAAAGUACCUAAUAUGUUUCAGGUUUUAAUAAAAGCUGGUCUUUUACUGGAUGUUCUUUGUGUUUUUAACAAACUUUCUUUUUCAAAUUGUCUGUCGCAUUUUAAAAUAACUGAGUUGCCUCCCAUUGUCUGAUUUUUUUCUUUUUUCUUUGAAGAAAAUGUUAAUAUGAAGGCAGCUUGAGAAAGAUGAGAUUGUUACAGGUUAGGAUGAUUUGCAUGUAGCAAAAUUUUCUCUACCUCAUUCAAAAGUUAUUAUUUUCUUUUGUGAUUGAAUGUUAUUACCCAGUGGUGUUUUGUCUAGUACCUGCAUGUCUGCUGCAGAACUAUCAUAGCUCUUUGGAGGUUUUUGUUAGCAUUUUAGACCGCUGCCAUAUCAUUGUCAGAAAUCUCUCCCUCUCGCAUUCUACCACCUCCUUUUCCCCGAAGUCUGUGACAAGAUAUUUAAAGUUUGUUGGUGAUAUAUUGUUCAGUUUGUUGGAAGUUUUCCUCUCACAGACACAUGGAAAAGGGUUAAAGUGGUGUUUGUGUGUGCGUGCGCAUGCAUGUGUUUCCCUUUUGUGGGUGUAUGUAUUUUGAAAGUGCACUUGAGUUUGUUCUGAAGCUCAUCUUCUAUUGUACCAAGUCAGUAAUAGUGGCUGAAUAAAAAUGGCAAUGUUUUGUCACA